AUGGGGAAGAACGACAAGAAGCCCGCCGGCGAUAAAAAGGCCGGCAAGGGCUCUGACACGAAGGAUACCAGCAAGGUCAAGGGCGCGCAGUCCAUUAACGUCCGGCACAUUCUGUGCGAGAAACACGGCAAGAAGGAAGAAGCAUUGGCGAAAAUCCGUGACGGAGCCAAGUUUGACGAUGUAGCAAGGGAAUUCUCCGAGGACAAGGCACGUCAGGGAGGCUCUUUGGGUUGGAAGAGCCGGGGAAGCCUGGAUCCGGCGUUCGAAGAGGUGGCAUUUGGGCUCGAGGCGAGCUCAACGGGCAGUCCCAAGUGGGGAGAAGCCAAGACAGGAUUCGGGUAUCAUAUUAUCAUGGUGAGUUGCACCGUCGCUCUUUGUUUGAAGAGUGGGCCAUGA